AUGGAGAAGCUGAAUCUCUACUUUACCGACUCAACCUUCCAACCUUUGCGAGCAUACACAAUCUCGCCAGCAACGUGUGAAUUGGCUUUUAGACAAGAAUAUCCGAAUUUAUCAAAAGCCUCCCAGCAUCAUCAAAGUGUGAGGCCAGCCCCAAAAACAUUCAAAACCACUCUCUACGCACCCACUCCAGUGCCCCUCCGGUACCAACCCUGCGCUCUACGACAGACGGAUCUCCCUUCGAUAUCAACAAUGUGCAUCACCAAGUUAUCAAAACACUCGGAUUGCGGACACUGGUCGUGCGAGAUCAAAGAGCCUUGCAAAGAAGGUCGCGAUUUCUCCAACUGCGCAUCCUUCACGAAUGGCGUAGCUCGGAAUGCAGCAAAGUAUCCACAAGAGUUAGCAAAGGAGAAGACUUGUCCCAAGUGCGACAAGAACGACGAAUAUGAUGGGAAGAAGAUUAGGAUGGUCAAAGCGACGGUACAUGCCACAAAGUUCGGCUUUGGACCGAACAGGUCGGACUGUGGGAUUAAUCUCGGGAAGAAGACGCGGAAGUAUGGGCCGAAGAAGGAACCAAGUACGAUGUUGCUGGCAGAGGGAGGCUGCGUUGUGAUGUGA